GCGGCGCCCCCCGCGCCCCCGCGGCUCUGCGAGGCGGCUCCCGCCACCCCGGGCAUUCCGGCAAGGGCCAGCGCCCCCGCGUGCCCGCUGCUCCUGGCCGACAAGAGCCCACCGGGCCUGAAGGGCAAGGAGCCCGUGGUGUACCCCUGGAUGAAGAAGAUCCAUGUCAGCGCCGUCAACCCCAGUUAUAACGGAGGGGAGCCCAAGCGCUCUCGAACCGCCUACACCCGACAGCAGGUCUUGGAGCUGGAGAAGGAGUUCCACUUUAACCGCUACCUGACCCGGCGGCGCCGCAUCGAGAUCGCCCACACGCUCUGCUUGUCGGAGCGCCAGGUCAAGAUCUGGUUUCAGAACCGGAGGAUGAAGUGGAAGAAAGAUCACAAACUGCCCAACACUAAGAUGAGAUCCUCCAACUCGGCCUCGGCCUCAGCAGGCCCGCCAGGGAAAGCACAAACUCAGAGCCCGCACCCGCAUCCCCACCCUCACCAGGGCACCUCCACACCCAUUCCCUCCUCCAUAUAAUCUUCUAGAGAUCUAGACCAGUUUCUUUCCCUCACCUGCUUUUCUCUCUUCUGAACCUUUUGCCUUCACCCCUCCCUGGUCUGGAGCAUAACAGACCCCAAAACAAAACCCAACUUGAUGAAAAGGAUGAUAAAAAAAGAAGACAUUAUCCCGGUAAGAGUGUGUGCUGGUUGCCAUCCAGGAGAGGACAAUAGCCAGGAUGCUGGCUGGUGGAACAGGAACCUGCUGGCCUGAACAAGGCUGUCAGGCUUGGGUACCUGAGAAGGACCACUUGGCAUCAAAUACUUUUGAGAUGGCUAAAGUCAGCAAGACAGUCCAUGCUGACUGGGGACGUGUACAUGUAUAUUUGUUGCAAGAAGAAGAAAACAGACCCCUUUCCCACCUUUUUACCUCCCCCUCCCUCAUUAAGGCAGCUCAAAGAAGCUCUUAUUGAACUGAAGAAAUGAGUAGACAUUGUGGACCUCACAAGAUUAUUUAAUUCUCAAAAUUUAUAGAACUUGAUGGUAAAUGUGACCCGUGUUAGUUUCCCUUCUUUGCAUUUAUUUAAAAUAUCGUUGUAGAGAUAUUCUUGUCUUAUUCUGAGGCACAAUCUGGGGGGAGAGGGGAGUGCAUUUAGACCCAUGUGCAGCUGUACAAAUCGUGGUGUGGCUAUAUAGAAAGCCAUGUGCUAAGAAUAAACUGUUUGAAAAAAUUAAAGUUCUAAGACAUAUUUGUGUGUUUCCUACUUUUAAUUAAAAACACAAAAGUUCUUUGAAUUGAGAUGCUUGACCUUGCCUGUAACAAUCUUGUAGAUGGCUUGACUUGUGUUCACUUGGAUUCUGACUGCUCACAUAAUUUGCGUGAGUGUAUUCAACUUGAGCUGAACUCUUGUCAAGCUUGACCCACUGUGGGAAAAGUUCCAAAGAGCAUGAAGGCUCUUGAGCUCUGAGAGGGCUCCUCUUCUUCCCAAACUUGGCCAGGCUUUCAGGCUUCAAGUCUCUGUAAGGCAUAGAAACGUGUCCUUCCCGGCAGUGAAAGGUGAAACCAUGCAGUGCUCCGGGUCCAGGAGUUUCUGCAGCUGUUCUACACGCUGAACUCUGAGCACACUUGGAAAGAAGUGGUCCCUGUGGUAUUUAUUGCACCUUCACACUUAAUCUGCCUGUUUCCCUGGAGAUAAAAAAUAGUUUGUGCAAAGGGUUGAGAUUGCUUUUUGUUUCUUGGCUGUUUUUAAGGUUCUCUUCACUAACUACAGCUUGGGAAUUUUUGUUUGUUUUCU